ACGUCCACAAAACCACCCAUACGUUCAAAUAAACGCCAGAAUUUCUUUCAACGUUUCUAUAAGAAAUAUAUUAACUUUGAAUAUGCGAAAUUUCUAAUAUUCGAUCCUGCCGCAUUACCCAUUGUCACGGUAUUUAUAUUGUUGGCUGAAUUGGUGCUAAAUGUGCUGGUGGUAAAUCGUGUACCAUAUACGGAAAUCGAUUGGAAGGCAUAUAUGCAAGAAUGUGAAGGAUUCCUAAAUGGUACAACGGAUUAUGCCCAACUGAGAGGUGACACCGGCCCCCUAGUGUAUCCCGCGGCCUUUGUUUACAUCUAUUCAGCAUUAUAUUUCCUAACAUCACAUGGAGAAAAUAUUCGUUUGGCCCAGUAUAUCUUCUGCAUCAUCUAUUUACUGCAAAUGUGGUUGGUUCUACGCCUCUACAGUAAGAGUCGUAAGGUGCCACCUUAUGUUUUGGUUAUAAGUGCCUUUACCUCCUAUCGUAUACACUCUAUUUAUGUGCUAAGACUUUUCAAUGAUCCCGUGGCCAUACUUUUCCUUUAUGCUGCCCUCAACUUAUUUUUGGAUCGUCGCUGGACAUGGGGCAGCAUUUGUUUCAGUCUUGGUGUUGGCUGUAAAAUGAAUAUCCUGCUGUUUGCACCGGCACUAUUGGCAUUCUACAUUAUAAAUUUGGGCAUGGUAAAAACUGUUAUACAAUUGGCAGUGUGUGGCGUUUUACAAUUGCUGAUUGGUUUACCCUUCCUCCUAACCUAUCCUUGGUCAUAUAUAAAGGGAAGUUUUGAUUUGGGACGUGUUUUCGAACAUAAAUGGACUGUGAAUUAUAGAUUUCUGCCCAGAGAAUUUUUUGAGAAUAAAUUCUUUCAUUUAAGCCUGCUGGGAUUGCAUUUGUUGCUGAUAUUUGUCUUUGCCAAUCCCACAAUAAAAUAUUUUAAGAAUUAUGUCCGCCUAAGGGCUUUGCAGGAUAUGCUGCAACCUCAACUCAAUGAACAAAAUCGGAAAUUGAAAGAAAACAAAGUUACCAAGGCUAAGAAUCCGGCUCCUGAAACCAAACCCCUAGUGGAGGAUGAAGAAAAACUAACCCCAGAUCAAGAGGCUUUCCUAUCGAGUUUUGAGAAAAGUCUGCAAAAGGCAUCUGGUUUGAAGGCCCCUCCAAAAGUAAAGGAAGAAAAAGCUGAAACGAAACCCAAACCCUCCGACGACAAAGUCUCCAUACAUUUUGACCAAUGUACCCAACUGGCUUUGUUGCCAUUCUUUUUGUGUAAUUUCAUUGGUGUUUUAUGUGCCCGUUCCCUGCAUUACCAAUUCUAUGUUUGGUAUUUCCACUCGCUGCCCUACUUAGCAUGGUCAGCUGAAUUUAGUUUGGGUACUCGUUAUCUACUCUUGGGACUCAUCGAAUACUGUUGGAACACCUAUCCAAGUACAAACUUUUCGUCGUAUGUUUUACAUGUUUGUCAUUUGAUUUUACUGCUCGGUGUGGCCCGUUCCAUGUUUAAGACCAUCAAUCAAAGUGAGACGGUACGUAAACACCAGGAACAACAAAAAGCGAACGCUGCUAAUGGUUCAGUAGCAGCAAGUGCCAAGGCAAAUGGUCCCAAGAGUAAAAAACAUAAUUAG